GCCGCAGUGUCGUCCUGUUUGGAUUGUGCAGCGCGGGUUCAUGACAGGGUGCGCCACUGCUGCACUCUCUCCUUGCCAAGUCGUUGCUGUUCAUCGUGGUUUUCAACGCAGGCGCGGAGGAUUUCCGUCGAUGUCGCAUGGCCAGCCUCGCUCUGCCGCCAUGUUUGGUGCCGGUCCGACGCUUCAAGCAGGCCCCUCUACGGCUGCACAGAGCGGCCACGACCCUCGAGGCCGGAGUUUUGGAGGCGGUAGCAGCUCGUUCAACCCAUUCGCUCACGAUGGACAAGGGCACUACCACAACCCGUACGAUAUCAACCCUGUCCCGGCCAACACGAACCCGUCGCCAUCGCCAGGAGUUUUUCACUCGAUAGGCGGUUCGAACAAGCGACGUGGCCAAGCGCCGCUUGCUGGAGCUCAAAGCUAUGAAGUUCCCCGACUCAGCCCUUCUCCUUCCACCCCUCUCGCGGCGCCGCCACCACAAUACCAUGGCGGCAACUUGUAUACUCCUACCACGGCGUCGUACCCACGUCCCCACGCUAUGGAACCUACAACUCUGUAUCAACAGCAGCAAUCGCAACAACCCAUGCAUCGACCGCACCAACCUCACUGGGUCGCCCCUCCACCGCUGUGGAAUAAAUGCGACCCGAGGAGCCGUUCUCAAAACAACAACGACGAGUUCCAGCACGUCGAUGGCCGCCCCAUGUCGUCAGACAAGUACCAGCAAUCGUCAUCGCAACGACCCCCGUCGUCACGCAGCACGCUUGGAUCCGCCGGGGCGAUGGCUAUGAUGACUUCCCAGGACGAACCGGGAUACGGCUACACCGACAACAACCAGCGCCAACACCAGCCCUCGGCCAGUUCCGCCGCCCCUCCACAGUCACACCGUCCUGACAUUUACCACCACAUCCCAUCGAAUGUCGCCCCGUCUCCGUCCAAGUCUGUGGCUCAGUGGAGCGGCACAGGCAACUUUGGACACAGCAGCACUCGAAUUUCGAGGCCCCCUGGAGGCCAUAGCCAAUUUGUCUUGGGAUAGCAAGUACGCGUGCAUCCAUUUGGGAACUGGCGUGUGGGCUCUGGCCUUCCAUCUGCCGCGCCAUCGGCUCCUCGGUCCCGCAACCGCGGAAGCGCGAGGAAGCGGUGGCACACCUUUCUAAUUGUUGCAAUAAUUCUAGUAUUCAGAAUUUUUUUGAACGGCU